AUGGCACUACUAACGGUGAUGUUUUCACUUCUCGCCCUUCCUAUCGCGUUGGUAUUCUGGACUGCGCAAUCACUCGCUCAAAACCGGGCAACGGCGAAAGCAACUGGCCUUCCUUAUCUUGAGCGCUGGAUAUCCCCAAUCAAUCCCUUCUGGUUGCUGUAUGGCAGCUCCUUCGUACGACUUUGCGAACGCAUUGGCAUUGCCAGCGAGAACUUUUCCCGCAUCUACUCGUACGGUUGGGAAGCCAAUGCGCGCGCAGAAGUCCACGAGUACGCAUCUAGCGAUGUGGUUCUUGUGGUUCAUCCGGGUGGUCUCCAACUUUGUGUAGCAGAUGCCAGCAUCAUCUAUGAGAUUCUACAAAGGCGCACCGAUUUCCGACGAAAUAUGGAGGAGAUGGCGGUAUUGAACGUUUACGGCAAGAAUCUUUCGACAACAGACGAUCAAGAAUGGCAGCGACAUCGCAAGAUGACAGGUGUCACGUUCACAGAAAAGAACAAUGAAUUGGUCUGGAAACAAUCAUUGAUGCAAGCGAAAGGCAUGUUGGAGUACUGGACGGAACGAUCUCAACAACCUAUUCGUUCCACUGCCGAAGACACCAAGGUACUCACGCUCAACGUUCUUGCUGCAGCGUUGUUCAACAAGGUGUAUUCAUUCGAAGGACGGGCUGAAGAGAGUGAGAGCUGGCACGUCGAUGACAAAUCUUAUAUGUACCGGGCUUCCCUUUCGACUAUUCUUGGCUCUAUCAUCCAAAUCUUCAUUUUAGGAGAAGAAGGCUUGAAAGCUUGGUGGACGCCUAAAUCUUGGAAGGGCGCCGCGGAAGCAAUGGUCGCCUUCCGCUCCUACAUCCUAGGCUUGAUGAAUGAAGAGCGAUCGUACUUGAGGCAAGGAAAGACAGACCAUCAACAUCUCGUUGCGCGUCUGGUGCGCGCAUGCGAGGUAGGGCAAGGGUCUGAUGAAAGUGUUGACAGGCCAGCGGACGGGGAUACCAUGAGCAAAAAGGUAAACAUGACCGAGGAAGAAAUUAUCAGCAAUCUCUUCGUGUAUGCCUUUGCUGGAAACGACACUACGGCGAUUGCACUAACCAAUUUGAUCAUUCAUUUAUCGGCAAAUCCCCAGUCGCAAGAUUGGAUUGCCGAAGAACUGCAUCAUUACACGCCCAGUGGUGACUCCGACUCAUGGGGUUAUGACAACUUCAAGAACUUGAAGCGCUGUAGCGCUGUAAUUAUGGAGUCGCUGCGGAUAUGCCACCCGCUCUCUCAGCUAGUUAAAACGACCGGCCCUACUCCGCAGCCGUUGAAAUUCAACGGCAAGGUGUAUAUGAUUCCUGCAGGAACUUCAGUGCACUGCUCUCUUCCAGCUCUUCAUUCGCAUCCGAAGUAUUGGGGUCCAGAUCCUCUUGCUUGGAAUCCGAAACAACAUAUCAUCGUCUCAAACCACCAGAACACAGACUCGUUCGAGGCUGAAGUACUGGCCCCCGACACUUCAGAGCACUUCAUGCCAUGGGCGUGGGGUCAGCGUGUCUGUCCUGGCAAACGCUUCUCACAAGUUGAGCUUGUUGCUGUGUUAGCCGUUCUAUUUAGCGAUUGGAGAGUAGAAAUUGUACCCAAAGAAGGAGAAACGGUGGAACAAGCACGAGCGAGAGCAUGGUCCAGCAGCUUGAAAGUCGACCACGAAGGUCACAUGUUACAUGAGAUGGUCAACCCACAUAGCGUGGGUUUGGUGUGGGUAAAGCGGGAUUGA